GGAACCAAGAGGCAGCAACCACUGUAUCUUCACCUUCUGACCUGUGCAAACAGAAGCAUCAACGUCAACGACCCUGGUCUCAUCACCUUGGUGAACAAGCUCCAGGAUGUCUUCACCACCGUCGGAUCAAGUGGAAAGAGUUCGGUUCUGGAAAAUAUAGUCGGCAGGGACUUCCUGCCGCGAGGAACUGGUAUCGUGACCAGACGGCCGCUCAUCCUACAACUCAUCAACCGCGCACCCCUCCCCAAGCAAGAGAACGGCGCAGCGGCCGAGGCUGUUGACGGGACAUCAGACAAGGAAUCCAACGUGGACGAGUGGGGCGAGUUCCUGCACAUUCCCGGCCAGAAGUUCUAUGACUUCAACAAGAUCCGCGAUGAGAUUGUGCGCGAGACCGAGUCCAAGACUGGCAAGAACGCCGGUAUCUCACCUGCCCCCAUCAACCUGCGCAUCUACUCGCCAAACGUCCUGACUCUGACGCUGGUCGAUUUGCCUGGUCUUACCAAGGUACCUGUCGGCGACCAGCCUCGCGAUAUUGAGCGCCAAAUCCGUGAAAUGGUCCUCAAGCAGAUUAGCAAGCCAAACGCCAUCAUCCUCGCUGUAACCGCUGCCAAUACGGAUUUGGCCAACUCAGACGGUCUUAAGCUGGCCCGUGAAGUCGACCCCGAGGGUCAGCGCACCAUCGGCGUCUUGACCAAGGUUGAUUUGAUGGACGACGGUACUGAUGUCGUUGACAUUCUUGCUGGUAGAAUCAUUCCUCUGCGUCUGGGAUACGUGCCUGUCGUCAACCGUGGUCAGCGUGAUAUCGAGAACAAGAAAGCCAUUUCCUACGCCCUCGAGCACGAGCGCGCAUUCUUCGAGAACCACAAGGCUUACCGCAACAAGAGCAGUUACUGCGGUACNCCCUACCUAGCUCGCAAGCUCAACCUGAUCCUUAUGAUGCACAUCAAGCAAACACUACCCGACAUCAAAGCCAGAAUCUCUGCAUCGUUGCAAAAAUACACGGCCGAACUCGGUACUCUUGGUGACUCGAUCCUUGGUAACAGUGCGAACAUCGUCCUAAAUAUCAUCACCGAGUUCUCCAACGAGUACAGGACAGUCCUCGAGGGAAACAACCAAGAACUCUCCAGCAUCGAACUCUCUGGUGGUGCCAGAAUCUCCUUUGUCUUCCAUGAGCUCUAUGCCAACGGUGUCAAGGCCGUUGAUCCUUUCGACCAGGUCAAGGACAUCGACAUCCGUACUAUUCUCUACAACUCGUCCGGCUCUUCGCCUGCUCUGUUCGUCGGUACUACCGCGUUCGAGCUCAUCGUCAAGCAACAGAUUAAGAGAUUGGAAGACCCUAGUCUGAAGUGUGUCUCGUUGGUCCACGACGAACUGGUCCGCAUCUUGGGCCAACUCUUGAACAAGCCACUUUUCAGAAGAUAUCCCUCACUGAAGGAGAAGCUCUACCAAACUGUAAUCACCUUCUUCAAGAAGUCCAUGGAACCAUCCAACAAGCUUGUCAAGGAUCUUGUUGCUAUGGAGGCUUGCUACGUCAACACCGGCCAUCCCGACUUCCUCAACGGCCACAGAGCUAUGGCUAUUGUCAACGAACGUCGUCAUGCCGCUAGACCUACCCAAGUGGACCCCAAGACCGGCAAGCCUCUACCACCAUCCGCUAUUCCUCCGCGUGCUGCAAGUCCCUCGCUAUCUCUCGAUGGCAACGACGCCUCGGGUGGCUUCUUNCGGCAGUUUCUUUGCCAGCAAGAACAAGAAGAAGAUGGCUGCCAUGGAGGCACCCCGCCAACACUCAAGGCUAGCGGCACACUCAGUGAGAAGGAGAGUGAAGAGGUCGAGGUCAUCAAACUCCUCAUCACUAGCUACUUCAACAUUGUGCGCCGNUUCUCAAAAGAAGAGAUGCAGCGCGAGCUUCUGGAGCAAAUGUACCGCACACAAGAGUUUGACGAUCUGCUCAAGGAGAGCGACUACACGGUGCGCAGACGCAAGGAGUGCCAACAGAUGGUCGAGAGCUUGGGCAAGGCAAACGAGAUUGUCAGCCAAGUGCAGUAG